CUUUAGUUUUCUUCCUUAGCCUUUCCCAUUUGACCAUUUCCUUCACCUCUCUCAUCAACCAUUCAAUAUGCCAAGAAAUACACUUGGAACAAACCUUAAUCUUUGUUUCACUAAACUCAAACGUCCAUUGUCACUACAAUCCCCCGACCUUAAUAAUGAACAUCAACAAGAUCAUAGUACGCAUUUUUGCAACUCUAUCAAAAACUUUAACUCCCUUUACGACUUAUCAUUAGACUGCAAUUCCAAUCCCACAUCGUCGUCUACCUAUUCCACCGCUAUCUCCGAUGAAUACGAUUGUAUUUCGGAAUUAGCCACUGUUCCCGAUUUAGCCACUGUUUAUGCUUCCCAACGUUUCUUUUUUGCAUCACCUGGCCAUUCCAACUCUAUCAUUGACUCAUCAUCAUCAUCGUCCAUGUCAUCUUCUUUGGCAUCAACUUCAUCGUCGGUAGAACCGCCGGAAUCCGACACCGUUAUCGACGGCAGCAUUGCAAUUCCGACGUACUCGCCGGACCCGUAUUUGGAUUUCCGACGAUCAAUGCAAGAAAUGGUGGAGGCGCGUGAGUUGAGUGAUAUAAGAGACAAUUGGGAUUCGUUACAUGAGCUUCUCAUGUGUUACCUUACAUUAAAUCCGAAGAGUACACACAAGUACAUAAUUGGUGCAUUUGCCGACCUUAUUGUCUGCCUCAUGUCAUCAAAAUGUAAUUGCCCAAAAUCACAUUUAGAUCCAUUGGCCGGCAGCACAAAAUUAAUAAGUGCUCAUCAAGCACAAGAGCAAAGAAGGGCCUUCAGAUAAGACAAAGUUACUGAGGAUAUUUUUUAUGCGAAACACCAAAAAGAAAAAGUCGAUUAUCCUUAUUGCAAAUAUUGUAAAAAAAAAAAUACUUAGAAAAAUUUUGUUGGUAGAGACCUGAUGCAUUAUGUGGAAAUUGCAAACAAAAAGAUCAUAUUACAAAAGUGUGCAAGUUCAAAAAUGUUCAUGCACAAGCACUAAUAGCAGAAGAAAGAAUUGAGGAUGACCUUCUUUAGACUGCAGCAACAGAAGCAAGGAGAAGUGUUGGAUUUUGUAUCUGUUACUGCUACUGUUUUCUAGAAUAAUUAGUUGUUUAGUUUUAGGAGGAGUCUGCUAAAAGAUUCAGAAUUUUAAUUAUAGUAAGAGUUUAGUAAUUUAGUUGUA